AUGUCGGGCCUCGAACCACUCGCGGCCUUGGGACUUGUGUGCAACAUCGUUCAACUGGUCGAAGUGGGACUGAAAACAGCCACGCUCUGCAAGAAUGCCUAUCGCACAGGCGAGCCUGAUCCAGAGCUCAGCGUCUAUGCUCAAAACCUUGCAGAGACCGCUUCAAGUUUGACUCAGUCACUGGAGGUUUCACAGCAGCCUCUUAAGAUCGAUGAUUCGAGACUGCUGAUUCUAGCUCGCAAUUGUCGAGAUGUCGAAGCUGAAUGGAGGAAGAAAACCCCAGCUCGCUUUCUUUCCCAACGGCAACCUCGAAAGCGAGAUCGCUUUGGGGCAGUUUUCCGAGGCAUUGUCAACAAGCCGGAAAUCGAUCGCUUGGAAGUUCAACUGCAGAAAGCAAAAGAUUCUCUGGAGACAGAUCUUCUCGUCGGUAUCUUUAAAAGUCUUGACGUCUCCAAGGUGCAAGCCAAUGCCCUCCAAGACAAGUUUCAGGAUCUUCUUCAGUCAUCAUCCGCAAGCCAAAAGAAACUCCAUGAGCUGAUCCAAAGACAAGUAGCCCUUGCCAACACGCAAAUAUCAGAUCGAGUUGGUCUAGCUGAGGCAUCCACCAAGGCUCAUGUCACAACAGAGCUUGCUAGUCAGUUGUCGAGACUCAAGUCACACACAGACCAAGGCAAAGACACUAUUUUGACCGAGGCUGAAGCGAGAGAAAAGAGUAGAGCAGAGAACGAAGCUUAUGAACGACUGCUGCGCAGCUUCCGUUACCAGGAUAUGAGUCAUCGAAAGAACGAGAUACAUCGCCGCCAUGAAUCGACAUUCAAUUGGAUCUUUGAAGAAAACACGCCGGAUACUGACCAAGCGCCUAACAAACCAGAGCCAGGCUCGCAGCUCAAGAAUUUGUCGAGCUCAAGUAAUGAACAGCGAGUCUGCGGUGGCUUUGUCAGAUGGCUCAAAUCGCCCGACAGCAGGUACUGGAUCAGCGGUAGACCUGAGACAGGAAAAAGCGUGUUGAUGAAGUUUAUCAUCUCUGACGAACGAACAGUUAAUUCAUUGCAACAAUGGCAACCCAAUGCCCAGAUUCUCACUCACUUCUUCUGGAAAGUUGGCAGUCCCAUGCAAAGCAGUCUCAACGGCUUUUUGUGUUCUCUUGUUUACCAACUGUUGUCUUUAGAUAAGGAGCAUGCCAUAGGCUGUCUACAGCAAGACCCAAAUUGGUCUCGCAAGACUGCGCCUGGUGAUUGGGACAACGAAGACCUCCAAUUUCUUAUUUCUAGUUACUUAGGCCGACCAGCUCAACCAAUCUGUCUUUUUGUCGACGGUCUAGACGAGUUCAUGGAUGAUGAUGGCGUGAGAAAACUCGUCGACUUUCUCGACAGUCUGCAAAUGUCAUCAUCACUGGUCAAGAUCUGCAUGUCAAGCCGCCCAGAAAGAGCUAUACGAACGCGACUGUCUCGUGAUCCGGACUUGAAAAUGCAAGAUCUAACACGGGUUGAUAUCCAGCGAUAUGUAAGGGCUAUUCUCAAAAAGGAAACUGCUCUGGCAACCUCUUCAAUCUGUCUCGAGGACCUUGUGAUACAUAUCACCCUUAGGGCAGAAGGAGUAUUUCUCUGGGCUGUUCUAGUAACAAGGUCGAUCGCCCGGGGUAUUUCAAAUGGCGACUCAAAAGAGUACGUCCUACAAAGACUUCUGAAGACGCCUAACAGGCUUCACGAGUUAUACUUUGACAUGUGGACCAGAAUGGGCGAGGAUGCUGAUCUCUACCAGGGCGCGACAGCACUCAUUUUCAAAAUUAUUCAUUUUGUCUGGCAACACUUAUCCCUAUCAGCCAAAGUUUACCGCCCACUACCAAUCUUGGCACCUACGAUAUCUAUUUUGGAACUGAUGUUGGCAUCAAGUGAUGAUUUGUGGUCCAUGCCUUUAAAUCAUAUUGAUAAACUCUCUGCGACGGAUCUUGAGCAACGGUGCAAUGAACUAUGUAGCAGACUACCAGUCAUAACUGCCGACCUCUUUGAAGUCAUUCAUUAUACCACGCCUGAAAUACCAGGUCAAACACGAUCGGGUGACAAGUCACGCCCUCCUGUUCUUAAGUAUGAUAACCUGAAGGUACAGGCCAUUCACCGAACGGUCUUUGACUUCCUAAUCGAGACAGAGCAUGGAAAGAAGAUUACGGGAUAUCAUCCUGCCUACUUCGAGAUUGCCUAUGGCCAGAAUUAUACUUAUAUGCAAUGCCGUACAAGCUAA